AUCAUCAUGAAUCUCAAUCACUAUGAUACCGUUCUUUCCUUCAUUAUCUUGCAUCUCAUUUGUCGAAGGCGACAAGGCAAUUCCUUCUUGGAGAUCACCAUUUGGUUCUUUACAUUAAACAAAAUUGCUCUAAAGUGGUUACAAGAUGACAUAAAUAAGGUCAACAAAUCCCAUCUUAUAACUCCACUUACCGAUGCUCAUGACGUUCUUUUAGAACAUUUAUACUCAAAGAAAUAA